CUCUCUCUCUCUCUCAAAGCAUGAAGCUAGCAAAGACCUUACUCAUCUUGGCAAUAGCCUUAGCUUUAAUCAUGACUCAUAUCAAUGCUAUGAGCGAGGAGGAAGAAGAAGAAGAAAUAAACUUCAUCGAGGAGGAAGAAGUUCCUGUAUUGGACUCUGACUCGGUUUCAACCGACUUCCCUCCGGCUGAUAGCGAACCAUCUUCAUUGCGAGGAUUGGGCCGUUUCCUCCUUGCCAAGAACAACCGGAAGCCCCUCAAGUGCAACAAGAACCCACUAAUUUGCCGGGCAAAGGGCAGUGCAGGGCCCUUCUGUUGCAAGAAGAAAUGCGUCGACGUGAGGACAGACCGCCUCAACUGUGGCCUCUGUGGGAAGAAGUGCAAGUACAAUGAGACAUGUUGUAAAGGCAAAUGCAUCAACCUGGCAUUCGACAAGAGGCAUUGUGGACGUUGCAACAACCCCUGUGGAAACGGCAAUUUCUGUUCAUAUGGCUUGUGCAAUUACGCUUAGAACUAUAAGCGUUGAGUCAUCCACUAAUUUUAAAUUCAUAUUCUUUUCAUUUGAUUUUUUCUUUUCUUAAAACAAAAUUGUAAGGUGUCAAGCAUCCAAUAAAUGUACUCUUCUCAUUCUUUUGAAUAGUGAUGAAUAUUUUUUUA